GCACCCAGGCGCCCGCCCCCUGAUAGGCUCGCGCGCCGCGUCGCCGUCUCGCUCGGUCGCUCGCUCCUGCUCCCGUGAGGUGGACGGUCUGUAGACUCGGCGCCGGCCGGCUCCCUCCCCCGGGUCCCUGCUACCGCCGCGGCGAAGAUGGCCUCAGGAGUGCAAGUUGCUGAUGAAGUAUGUCGCAUUUUUUAUGACAUGAAAGUUCGGAAGUGCUCCACACCCGAAGAAAUCAAGAAAAGAAAGAAGGCUGUUAUUUUUUGUCUCAGUGCAGACAAAAAGUGCAUCAUUGUAGAAGAAGGCAAAGAGAUCUUGGUUGGAGAUGUUGGUGUAACCAUAACCGAUCCUUUCAAGCAUUUUGUGGGAAUGCUUCCUGAAAAAGAUUGUCGUUAUGCUUUGUAUGAUGCAAGCUUUGAAACCAAGGAAUCCAGAAAAGAGGAGUUGAUGUUUUUUUUGUGGGCACCAGAACUAGCACCUCUGAAAAGUAAAAUGAUCUAUGCGAGCUCCAAGGAUGCAAUCAAAAAGAAAUUUCAAGGCAUAAAACACGAAUGUCAAGCAAAUGGGCCAGAAGACCUCAAUCGGGCUUGUAUUGCUGAAAAGCUAGGUGGAUCCUUAAUUGUAGCCUUUGAAGGAUGCCCUGUGUAGAUCGUCAUUCAGUGCCACAAAUUGAAAGCUUCCAUGUUCAAUGUUACCCUCUUGCUAUAUAAGUAAAGCAAAUAUGUUUAGGCCAGGGUCUCACUGAGGGGGAGCUGUCUUGUCCCUGUUAGAGUAAACAUUCUAUAAACAUGUGCAAAAGGCCCUAAAUAAAUCUAAAAUCUCAAGUUCUAUUGGUGUGAAAUUAAAUUUUUAUUGGCCAACUGCCUGUUUUGAUGAGUUGGCUUGUAAAGAUUUUUGUUAAGCUAACGAUUUUUAAUAAUGCAGUUCACAAAACAGUACAAGGCCGUAUGAAGACAAUUAUUGCGUCUUUGUUACCCUCAGCAGUUACUUUGUUUCUUUUGCUUGGAGAAUUGGUCAUAAUCUGGUUAUAAUUUUUGGCCCAAAUUCUUUAUACUUUUGAGCUAAACUGAAUAAUGGAAAAUAAUUUUCCUCAUGACACAGAAUAGCACUAAUAUGCUAACUACAGUAAGAUGAAGUCAGGCAGUCUUCCCACCCUCCCAGAUGUCUGGUGGAGUUUGCCUCACCGUGGUGUACGCUUCUCAUCAGCGCUGAUCUCGCAAAGCACUAUUUCCAGCACGUAGUUGGAGACCGCCUCCUCGCUCGUGAGGAGACUAUUCUGAGACAGUGACAUUGCAUCUUGGAAAUCGUGGUGUGUCCUCAGGAGAAUGUGCAAUAUCUUAUAACAACUAAUUAUAAUUCAAAUCAGGGCUCCAUUGUAAGACACUUGAAUGAACAUGAUAAAGCAGUAUAUUGACAAGCUGGGACACCUGUGGUAUCUUUGUGUCUCCUUCAGAACUUGGUUGCUUCUGGUACAAUAUAAAGUGUGGAAGAACAUGAAGUGUGUGUUUACUCUGGGGCUUGGGAGAACUUUUAAUUUCCUAGAGCGGUUUGUCGACUAUAUGUGAAAUGGGGAGCAGGCUGAUGGAUGACAGCCACAGGAAGCCACUACCUGAUGACACUUGGAAGUGAUCGUCUUUAAUAUCACAAGCAUAGUAACACUUUGAACAAUAUAGAGAUGCACAAACCGUUGAACCUAGAAGUAGCAGAAUUGGCUUUAUGUAAUAAAGGAAGCAUUUUUAACUUC